AUGAGAGCGAAGUUGGGGGCCUCUCGCUGUGCUAAAAAAUACGCGGAUGAUGUCUACCAUGUCAUACGAGAUCUUGGCUCGCACUAUGACCACGCCCUAUCCAUGGCCACAUGGUUUAAGCUCAUUGAUAUGCGGCGGUCUCACUACACUACUGUGGCGCAAUACGUUUCCAGUUUUCAGCGAGCAUAUAUUGACGCGAACGAGUUGAAUUGCGGUAUUAGUCCCUACACCGCGCUGAUUGCGAUUCUUGGUGGACUCAAGUCAGAUCUUCCGUAUUGGGUCGCCGCGAUGUGGACUUUGUCGCCUGAAGAUGCGGUGACCGAUUAUACUGACGCUGAUUUGUUCAAAGCCUGUCGCAUGGCAAUAGAGCAAGAUGAUAUGUUCAACCAAAGGAAUUGCAAGGUUGCGAGAGGCGGGUGA